AUGAUAGUGUUGCUUUCUCUCUCUCUCUAUCCUUCUCUCUCUCUCCCCUUCUCUGGCUUCUCCUUUCUGUCGUUACUUCUAUCUUUCUUUCUCUUUCUCACUCUCUCUCCAAAUUUCUUUGCAACCUGCUUUAUAUCGUUCCCUCACUCUUUCUCUCUUUUUAAAUUUCUUUGCAGCCUCCUUUCUGUCGUUUCCCCCCUCUCUCACUCACUCUAUCUAUCUAUCUAUCUAUCUAUCUAUCUAUCUAUCUAUCUAUCUAUCUCUCUCUCUCUAAAUUUCUUUGCAGCCUCCUUUCUGUCCCUCCCUUUCUGUCGUUUCCUCCUCCCUCUCUCUCUCUCUCUCUCUAAAUUUCUUUGCAGCCUCCUUUCUGUCGUUUCCUCUCUCUCUCCCUCUAUCUCUCUCUCUCUAAAUUUCUUUGCAGUCUCCUUUCUUCCCCCCUCUCUCUCUCUCUCUCUCUCUCUCUCUAAAUUUAUUUUUGCAGCCUCCUUUCUCUCCCUCCUUUGUUGUAUCUCUCUCUCUCUCUCUCUCUCUCUCUCUCUCUCUUUUCUCUCUCUCUCUCUCUUCUUCUUCUAUCUUUUUUUCCCUCCUAUCUUAUUUUUUCCCGCUCCUUCCCAUUUAAGGGUGGCAAGUUACGAUCAGUGA